CUGCAGGGGAAUGGGGCGUGGGGUUGGAGUCCUUGGGGAAGCUGGGGGACACUGGGGGACAUGGGACUGGGGUUCACUGAGCUCUGGGGGGCAGCAGGGGGGGCCUGGGAGUGUGACUGGGGCCAUGGGAGGGCUUGGGGACAGUGCAGGGGGCAGGGGGUGAUCCUGGGAUUUCAGUUAGGGUCCUGGGGUGUAACAUUCCCAACAACUCCAAAAGGGAAACCAGACUGGGAGUGGUGUUGGGGUCUGGGGGUGGGCUUAGAGGGACACUGGGGGUUCAGGGAGUGACCCCAGGUUUGGGUUGGGGUCUUGGGGGGGGCUGAGGGGACCCCAGGAGAAUGUCACAAAACGGUGGGAGUGGGAUUGGGGUCUCUAGGAUGACUGGAGGACACUGGGGCACCCAAGAGUGGCGCUAGCAUGUGGGAUCAGGGUCUCAGGCCAUGUCCAGGGGUCUCCUGGGCAAGGCUGACCCCCCUCCCUGGGCUGACCCCAGUGUCACUCCCCAGCCUCUCACCAAGGAAGCCUCCCCAUGUCCCCCCAUGUCCCUCAGUGUCCCCUGUCCCAUUAGUGCCCCCUGGUACCCAUUGGUGUCCCCUCAGCAUCCCCUGGUGUCCCCCUGUGUCCUCUGUGUCCCCUCUGUGUCCCCCAGUGUCCCACAGUGGUCACUUUGGACUCUUCUCGCCAUGGCCCCCCUGGCUCAGACCCUGGCACUGCUGGCCAUGACCGUGGCCACUGCGGCCAUCACGGUGGUGCCCCUGGACAUGGCCCAGAACUCCUUUGAUGACCAGUACCUGAACUGUGGCCCUGCCAUGGCUGAGGCCUUGCCGGCCCUCAACGGCUCCGAGUUCCAGGAGAACAAGGAGUUUUCCCAGGUCUGGGUGAAGGCCACGGCCGAGUGGCAGAAGCGGGGCUCCCAUUCGUCCACUCUGAGCAAAGAUCCUAACCUGAGACGCCCUAAUGAGUGUCCAGAUGUGUUCCGUGGGGUGAGGACGGUCCAGUUCGAUGCAAAACUUGGCGAUAAAGUCCGCUUCGGCCAAUUUGCCUCGUCAUCACUGGACGAAAAGGUGGCCCAGGGUUAUGGGAACGUCACGAUGUUCGAGGUGCACACGUGCCACGGCGCAGACAUCCACAAGUUCUCCUUCAAUCAGAGCGAGAAGGAGGUGCUGAUCCCACCCUUCGAGACCUUUGAGGUCACCAAAGUCACCGGGGAAGGGAAGAAGGUGAUUGGGCUUCGCUCCACUGGGAACUCCAGCAACUACAACUGCGAGUGGCUGCGAGGUGGGAGUCUCCCCAGGAACUCCCCCCACUUUGGGGGGCUUCUCCUGGCUACCGUGGCCAUGGCAGUGGCCAUUGGAACCCUCUAAGCCACGAGGCCACCAAGGUCACUGUGGUCUUGGGUGCCAGUGUGGCCACCAUGGUCACGAAGGCCACCAGGACCCCC